AUGAUACAAGAUAUGACAAAAGCAAGAGAAAAUAGUUUAUUUAGAAUGAUCAAUGAUUAUAGAGUGGGAGCGAAUCUACCACCUUUUAUAUACGAUUUCAAUGUCUAUCAGGUGGCAAUGGAACAGGUGUACAAUAUUAUAAUAACAAGAAGCAGCAGAGGUUUCGAUAAGGAUUCACGAUUGACCAGAGUCAGAGGUGUUCCUGCAGCAGGUAACACCGCACAUGUCACUGCAAAAGAUUCAGCACUCUCUGCAUAUAAAAUGUGGAUAACAUCACCAAACAGUACAAGAAACAUUUUAAAUCCAACUUUUAAAUUCUCCGCAAUAGCAGGUGAUCUCGACUUAGAUGGAUCUUGGUAUUUUGUACAAAUAUAUUUUUACAAAUAUAUUUGA